UAUUUCCUACGAUAAUUAUUUUAAGAGAUCUUUGCUAGGCAUAUAUAAAAAGAUCUCGAUUUACUUUAGCUAACAGUUGUCGGCAAUAAUUUCACAUUAAAUCAUGAAGUUCUUAUAUGUCUUGUUUGUCGUAUUUGCUGCUCUUGUCAGCUGUAGUCUAGUACAAGGCUAUGGUGGUUAUGGAGGAUACGGUGGAUAUGGUGGAGGACGUGGGGGAUAUGGUGGAGGACGUGGUGGUUACGGAGGAUAUGGUGGGUACGGUGGAUACGGUGGAGGACGUGGUGGAUACGGAGGAUAUGGUGGAGGACGUGGUGGAUACGGUGGAUAUGGUAGAGGACGAGGUGGAUACGGUGGAUAUGGAGGAUAUGGAUAUAUUUAAACAUAUCACCAAAUAUACGAGAUGAAGAUAUUUUUGCUGAAAAAAAUAUCAGUAUAUAUGGCAGAAAUUAUAAUGUUGACUGUGUCAUAAAAACUUUGUAAAAAUUAAAUAAUAAUUUAUUAAUAUAA